ACUAAAUUGAUAACCUCAGUGUUAUUUAACGACAUUUACAAAUGUAAUUUUCACAGUCAAUUUCACAUUGAAGUCAAUGUCUCCUAGUUUUUUGUGGUUAGAGGAAUGAAGAAUGUAUAUUUCAAUUAUAAUAACAAAACCUGUAUUUGCUUUUGAAAGAAAUAUAUUGAUCAUUGUAAUCAACAACACCAUAAUAAGCAACAAUUUUCAUGUGUGACUGAAAGAAUCAUCCAGUGUGGAUUUUUUUCUUCUGCUUACUUGCUAAAAUUAUAUUUAUUCCAUCUGAACAUGCAAACUUAGUACGUAAUACAAAACUUUAAAACUAUUUUUAUACAACGUGUACAGUUACACGAAGUAGAAACUCAGAAGGAUCAACGCUCUGGUGUGAUUAAAGUUAACUUCAUGUGCACUGAGAUAUACGCAUGCGCUGGUAUUCCACUGUGAACGACGCUUUGUAAAGAUGCCCACAGCUGCAAAGCAUUCGAUGUAAUUGGACAACAGGUUUUGGCAUUAUUACAAAGCAUGUCAAUAAUACCUUUUACGAAAUAUAACAUCCGCCGCACGACGAAGGAGUGAAUAACCUUGUGUACUUAUCAAUUGGUUGUGUCUAAUACGCUAACUGAGCGGUAACGGAACAAUGAUUAUCUGAUUAGUUAAUUAUGUCUCUUUUUACAGUCUGAUUCAUUGUAAGGUAUAGAUGUUACUGGUUUAUAUAAAUGCCAAAAUGCACGAGAAAUUGAUAAGUUAAAAUCAGUAUGAAUGAAAAAUAGAAUCUUAUUAUACUGCAUUGCUUUUUGUAUAUUCAUUUCCCAAAAUGACAACGCAACGGAAACGACAUUUAUCAGCGCUAAGUUCUAUUCCAUGGCCUAAAAGAAUUCGACGAGAGCUGUCUAUAAGUGACAAAUUUAAAUUAGUUAAAGACAGUGAAACUGCCGAGACCUACUUUAAAAAUCUUUAUCUGACAAAAAAAAAACGGUUUUGCAUAAUGAAUAUCAGUAUUUUCUUACUACGCCUUCAGAUGUUUAGACAUUUUUGAAGUGCCAAGAUGGAUUGGAGACGUGUUUUUGUAUUUGUAAUCACGAUUGUGGUGCAAAUAAAAAGACAUACAUCGGCUUUCUUUGAUGGCGUCACCACAAACAUGACUGCUGUUGGCGAAGAUGAUGCCGCAAUUAUUGACGUCACUGUCGAAGGUUUUCCGCCAUCUUUAGAUUGUGUAGUCCACGCAAGCGACGCUAGAAUGGAUACAGUCGACGUCUUUGAAACAAAUGUAACCGAUCAGUUUAAAGUCACUACAGAUUUUCAACCUGCCGGAUAUUUUACAGUUUAUAUAAUAUGUUUCAAAAAUGAUCAGUACGGGACAAAAGAAGACAGCAUCUUCUUUGGAGACAAAAUAAAAAGUUCGAUCGCAAUAGACAGUCUCUCAUCAACUGUUAUUGCAUGGUGCAUGUUUUGCUAUGUGCACAUUUUGCGUUGGCUGUGCUGA